GAUGAAUUCUAGUGUUCUUCACGCUAGCGACGAUGACUUCAAAGUUCCGUGAAGACUUUGACGUUGAAAAAUCAGCGCCUCGGGAUCGAUUCACCAAAUUAUUAUUCGACUUGCGUAUGCCAGAAGAGCUCGCUGAAUGGCCACCUCUUCACGUUAACAAGCGUAAAUGUAACAACGCACGCAACCGUACUUUGUGUUGUCUCCUCAUCAUCGUACUACUCUUUUUAAUCGGGAACGUCAUCUUCCUCAACGUUCGCAUCCUAUCCAUAAAUACAGUCACACCUUUCAGCACGUCUCUCUCCGCCAAUGCUCAACAGUGCUUGUCCCAAUACACCCUCAACGCACCUUCCAGCCCUUCCUCAUACCCAUGCUCAACUUGCUUGCCAACCCUCCAGACCGUCCCUUCCAGCUAUCUAUCUUCGAAUCCACAGAAUGCACAACAGAUCCUCAACGCUAUCCAGUUCUGUGGUCUACGCGCCAUAUUCGACACCGCCAACUCACAAGGUCAAGCAUCCCUCGGGUGGGUGAACGACGUCAAAUUUUGUGCUUGGAACGGUGUCACAUGCGAUGGUUCCGGAAGAGUCGCAAAUCUGCAAUUGACAUUCCCUGGGGUACCAGCAACAUUACCCAACGAACUCGGUGCACUCACCGGCCUCGAAUCUUUGCAAGUUAUUGGUGGUGAUAGCAUACCAGCUGGAGCGCUCCCUUCAUCGUUUACCAACCUCACCAUCCUCUCCAAUCUCCACAUUGAAGCUACAGCCAUCACACAACUCCCAGAUAACCUCUUCUCCUCCCUUACAUCAAUCACAACACUCACCCUCAUCCGCAACCCCACAAUGGGCUCCUCCCUCCCAUCCUCCCUCACCCAGCUCCCACUCCAGAACCUGGUGAUCAAUUCUCAAUCCCUCACAAACCCCCUCCCAACCCUCUCAUCCAGCCCCGCCCUCCAAACGUCCCUCAAACUCCUCGACUUAUCAUCCACCUCCCUCACAGGCCCCAUCCCAAACACCAUCUCAUCUAUCUCAUCACUCACACAACUCUUGCUGUCAAACAAUAACCUCCAACCGCCCUUCCCGACAACCUUUCAAUCGUCGUUACAGAUCCUCAACCUCCAGAAUAAUACGGCUCUCACUGGGACAAUUCCAAACUCGCUUUGCAAUAGUACGCUGCUUACAAGCUGUGAAUUGGGGAGUACGGGGUUGAGUGGAGGCUGUGGGUUGUGUCAGCUCUCAUGAUCGGCGCGUCGUUUUCUUGCUUUGUUUUGUUUUGAACCUUGCUUUUACGUCCCACUCAUGAUAUUACUUCCACCGCUCGUUAAAGAUGGAUGGAUGGACAUUUUACUCGCAUACCUACAUUUUUCACUCCUGUAGCUUUACUGCAUAGAAUAAUGAUUCGUAGAUGAUAUUACACCGCGGGCGGAGUCUUCCAGCGACUACUUAGACAGGGGUAUAAAUUUGGCCAGACCCAUGCUUUCUUAAAACGGGAGCUUCCUGCGUCAGCGACGAUACCGAUGCCG